AUGGGGGAAGAACGCGGCGGCGGCAGCUGUGGGAUCACUAGGGAGCUGCAGAAGCUGAAGCAGCAGGCGAUGGAGUACUACCGGGAGAACGACGUCCCGCGCAAGCUGGAAGAGCUGCUCAACUCCACCUUCUACCUCCAGCCUGCCGACGUCUACGGACACCUGGCAAACUACUUUUCUAAACUUGCAAAGCCUCCCACCCUAUGCAAAAUAGUGGGUAAAAAUGUACUGGAUGGACUGGGGCUUCCAACCCUACAAGUGGAAAUAUUCUGCACCAUUCAAAAUUUUCCCAAGAACAUCUGCUCCGUCAUGAUCCCCACUCACUUUGAGGUCCACGAGAAUGCUUUGCCAGAGGUGGUGGAGGCAGAGGAGGUGGAAAGGGGCCUGGCAGUGAGCACCGCCAUACAGUGGGUCAAUGAGACUAUCACCGAGGAGUUGCGGGGCCUGGUGCCCUCCAACCAGGCCCAGGUGGAUCACAUGCUCAGGUUAUUCUUCGUAAAGAAAGUACAAGAAGACAAGGAGAGGAAAGAACUAGAGAAGAGCCUGGAAGAGUCAGUAGUGCCAGUACCUCCACCUGUAAUGCCACCGCCAUCCGCUCCACCUCCUGCCAAAAAGAAAGGGCAGAAGCCAGGAAGGAAGGAAACCAUCACAGAGAAACCUAUCCCGCCUGCAGAACCUGCUGAACCCGUGCUCUGCGGCAGUAUGGCCAUAGGAGCUGUGUCACUAGCUAUUGCCAAAGCCAGCGCCAUACUGGGCAGUAUUCCUCUGUACUUGAACAUUGCAUUGCUGAAGCACAAUCAGGAACAGCCAACAACACUAACUAUGCCUUUGCUGAUGGUAUCUCUCGCCAGCUGUGGGAAGUCAUCACCUGGAAAAUUAAAUUUAAUGAAAGAAGUGAUUUGCAUUCCCCAUCCUGGAUUGACAACCAAACAAGGUGUGGAGAUGCUUCUGGAAAUUCGGAAACAAAUUAACAAAGUAAUAGAAUCGCCCCCUCCUCCAAAAGUGGAGACCAAAAAAGGACAUAAUGGAAGCAAAAGAGGUCAACCACCCGUCACUAGCAAGAUGUCCCAUCUUGGUUGUUUGAUCAUUACCUGCGACACCGUAGAACAGCUGCUGCUUCUAAUACAGGGAAUCUGUGCCAACUUGGGGCUGGAACUGGGAACCAAUCUGCAUCUAGCCAUCAACUGUGCUGGCCAUGAGCUGAUAGACUAUAGCAAAGGAAAGUACGAGGUGAUGGCGGGCGUCUACAAGAGCGCCGCCGAGAUGGUUGACCUGUAUGUGGAUUUGAUCAACAAGUACCCUUACAUUAUAGCCUUAAUUGAUCCUUUCAGGAAGGAGGACGCUGAACAGUGGGACAGCAUCUAUAAUGCUCUCAGUUCCAGGUGCUACAUAAUUGCAGGAACUGCAUCCAAAAGCAUUUCUAAACUUCUAGAGCAAGGAGGCAUCGGCAGCCCCAGAUCCCAUGGACUGAUCAUAAAACAUACAAACCAAACUACUAUGUCUGACUUGGUGGAAAUAACCAACAUUAUUGACAGUAAGAAGCACCUCACCAUCCUUGGAAGUACAGAAGGAGAGUCUCCUGAUGACAGCCUUGUCGAUUUGGCCGUUGGACUCGGGGUCCGGUUUAUCAAGUUGGGGGGCCUUUCUCGUGGUGAAUGGGUGACUAAAUACAACCGCCUUCUGACUAUAGAGGAGGAACUGGCCCAAGAGGGAACGCUGGGUUUCAAAGAAGAACACACUUUUUUUUACUUUAAUGAGGAUGCUGAGAAGGCCCUUGAGGCGGCUGCUGGUGCUGGUGAGCUGCUUGAGCCUCCAGAGCCCAUCUUCCCCACGGAGGUUGUAGAGGAGUUGGCCAAAAUGUGA